UCUCAACUCGGCUGUUAGUAUUGGAGAAGAAGCUGAAGGGGGAUUGGAUCCAAGCUGGAUCUGAGCAAGUAAGCCUCCGCUAAUGUAAUGUACAAGAGGCUCUACUAUAUACUGGGAAGCGUGUUAACCGGGCAGUGUAGUGUUGUGUACUAGAGUGUAGUAUACUAUCGCGCAGUACGCUCUCGUCUCUCGCGCAAGCAGGAUUACAUCUAUUCGCAAACCCACUCAAUUCACCACGUGCUUCUCAUCUGCCUAAAAGUGUUCCAUCUCGUUGAUAUCACGCUCAAUGUUGACAAUCAUUAAGUAGUUUCUUUAUUUAUUAAUUUACCAUGUCACUUUUGGUGUUGUUUUAAUUAACAAAGUUGCUGUGGUAUGAAAUUAGUGAGCAAUCACCAUAGUAACCAUAAAUGGACCGGUUAUUCGGUGGUACCGUUGGUAAGUUAACAUUGUGUAGGAGGAUCAGAAGUGGACGCCAGCUAGAAAAUAGUUGAGUCAGCUGGAUGGAACUAGAGUUGGUGGAUGUUUGAGCGAUUAUUUUAACGCGUUGGUGGUUGAUAUUUGCAUGGAUAGACACUCCCAUCACGGUGAUGAACGAGUAUUGAGGAUAUAUAGAUAGGAUAGUUGAGUUAAGUUGAGUUGAAGAGUUGCGUGGGCAUAAGUGUCUACCUUUUGACCGCGUGUUUAUGUUUUACUAUUGGUUUUUUCAUGUUAAUUGUCGAUGUACCCAACACGAAUGGGAUUCGAUGUGUGGAUUUUUUUUUGUGUACUUAUAAGGAAGUGAACGAGGAAGAAAAUAAUCGUGACUAGUUGUUGAUAGUUGGGAUUUUGUCUAGUGAGAUCUAUCUUAGAAGGGAAAGGCGGUUUGGUUACCAGGCAAUAGUGGUGUAUGACGGGCGUAUGUACCUGUGCAGACAGAAAACGCUGUACCACUGCUGGAAGUGGGUUCGCAUCCGCGACCGCGAACUAUCGAGGACAAUAACGGCGAUGGUGGAUACUGGAUAUUGGUGGAUACUGAUUUAAGUAGCUGUUACGAGGGAUAUAUUAUGUUAGUCGUGGCCAUGAAAAGAUUAUGCAGAGUCGGAUUGGCCGCAGCCCUCGUUACUGCCUUUUUUGUUCUUACGCUGGUGGAUAUGCCGCAGCAGAUUGCGGAUUUACCUGCGGAUCUAUCUCCUACGCCAGCUGCGGCUAGCGAGCCACCAGGUACGCGGAGCAUAGUCGCGUAUUCUUGGGCGCGAAGAUUGGCGCUGGAUUAUAGGCCGUCACGUGAAUGCAACAAAGUCUCCAACAACGAGACAUUAUCGAGCAGUUGGUCCUCAGAUGCCGAGAGAACCUGGCUCGAGUCUAUUCCCGGGCAGUUGUUUCUCUACACCGGUCACUUAGAUAUUAGAGUACUUGGGUAUCCGAGUGUACGAGUGAUUGGCGUUAAACGAGAGCCGACUGGGUCUAGCGUUCUCUACUGCACUAUUUGGCAAGAAGAUGAAGAAGGAAUUCAUUCCUACAGCAUGGAAGCCUUGGUAUCAGACAUCUGGCUGGACGAGUGGGGUGGAACAUCGACAGACUACACCGGCAUACUGAUAACCUGUCCUCUUCCGCAAUACGUGACCCCGCCUCGGAGAGUGUACGUGGGGCCUCACGAGUGCUACCAAAACCCUAGUCAUAGUUUAAUUGUGAAAAACGUUGUUAAUAAAACAGUGAUACCCAAAACAGAGUUCACCUUGUGCAUAAAGGGCCUGGACUUUGACGAAGACAUAAGCCACCGGCUGAUCGCGUUCUUCGAGCUUUCCCGCAUCCUGGGCGCGGGUAUGUUCUACGUCUACGUCUUCAACGUCCACGAGAACGUCACCAAAGUGUUAAAGCUCUACGAGAAAUCGAAUGUCGUGAGAUGGUUCCGGCUGAAUCUUCCCGGCGAUCUGCCGAACGACGUAAAGGCAAGACGACGGCUGUUCAGCAAGGACAUCUGGAUGAAGAGACGCAUGGAGCUGAUCCCGUACAACCACUGCUUCUACGAGAGCCUCUACAGCUCGGAGUUCGUGGUCCCGAUCGACAUCGACGAGAUGAUUAUCCCCAUAAACGUGAGAACCUGGUCGGAAUUGAUGGCUCUCGAAAAGAGCAAGGGGAAUUCGUUCUACGAUUACGCUUCCUAUGCUGUGAGAAAUGUAUAUUUUUUCCCCGAGCUCCAGAGACUCGCCAGUAUAAAUAAUAAUGAUAAUAAAAAUAAUAAUAAUGAUGAUAAUGAUAACGGUAGUAGAAUAAAUAAAAAUAAUGGUAAAAAAAUAAGUACCGUUGACAAUGACUCACGUUUGCUCAAUUAUUUUCAUACACUGAGAACAUCAAUUGUGUCUCCGGAAGGCGACUCGGUCAAGAGUUUUGUGUCUACCGAGCGUGCACUUACCAUUCACAAUCACUAUGCCUUAACGACACUAAAUCCAACCUCAAGACGUGUCUACCAUUUAGAUCCCCAGCAAGUCCUCAAGCAUCAUCACAGGCGUUGCGACAAUGACCGACUCGAUUGCGGUCUUCUCAUGAGAGAUCUCACUAUUGACCAAUCCGCGAGAAAGUACUUGCCUGAAUUCAAGUCCAGAGUCAAAUUUACCGUGAGUUAUCUCAAUGCUUCCAUGUAGUAUUUCGUUGAUCAUCAUAAUUGUAAUUGUAAUUAAUAAUGACUGUUUAUAAAUUAUGUGAGUUAUCUGUGAAGAAAUUUUCUAAUA